AGUUCUCAAAUUUAAGUGGAACCUUUUGUGUUCCAGCUUGUUGUCAUAAAAUAUACUUUUCUAUCAAAGCGCCAGCUCAGUUAUUUGUCACUGACUAAGAAAUUCAGAAGUUAAAGCCUGCUUUAAGAAAUUUUGCUACCUGCUUUCCUUAGUAGGGGUUCCAAUUCAGACUUGAGAAUGUCUCAGCCCUCCUACCUACCACCUCCAGUGGUGCCACAUGUUUAUUUUCUUAGGAAGCUAGAAAGUGUCUCUCCUUCCCAUAUAAAUAUGUAGUCACUGCUGUUUAAAAGGAAAAAAUGUAUUAGAAAUAAGUCUCAGAUUUCAGAGGGGUUCAUGUUGAGUGGCAUGUUAGGCUGAUCUAAGACUGUUCAUGUGUGAUUCCAUCUUCUUUUCAAAAAUAGCCUUGCGAGAUGCAGAUUUUUUUUAAUUUCAGUAGGAUAAAUGUUCUUUCCACUGUACAACCACCCCAGCAUCAAUAUUCUAUACGUGAUUACAUUUAUGGAUAGUUUACUGUUGCUGGAGACAGAUCUCGAAGUGUUACUGCUCCCCUUGCUGGUGCAUCAUAGUCAUGACACUUAGAUAUUUAUCCAGCUUUCCAGUGGUAAAUUGCUUGCUGUUUGAAUUACGAGGAUGAUUUUAUGGAGAAACAGAACAAAAUUUAAGAGUAUAGAUAUUUGACUACAUUCUUCACUAUGUGAAUAUUAAAUGACUAGAAUUACUUUCACUUAUUUUCUUGAUUUAUGCAGUCGUGGGCCUUGGACAUGUGUAGACUUGUCAGCAUAUUUUUAUUGGUGGCUGGUGCUAUUCAAACAAUGGCAUGGUAACUAUUUUAGCUGUUCUGUUUUUCAAAAUGAUUUAUUCUUCUGAAUGAAGAAUCAGAAUGGCUUGUAGACAUUUUGGCAAAGAUUUACUUAUAUUGCUGUAUUAAGGGAUCAUGCUAAUUAAUUUUCCAAAACUUAAAAGCUGGAGUUUUUCAACAUUGUAACUGUUCUUUUUUCUGGCCCCCAUGUGAGUGCAGAUCAAAAUCACUUUCAGACAAAAUUAAUUCUUUAUCAUUAAAAUAGAAAAGUGUGUACAGCACUUUUGCCUCACUCUACAAGUCAUGCAAAUGUUUAUUUAAAGAGAAGAGGUGAUACAGAAGGCAGACCAGGCUUUUAAGGAAAACUGGAUCUUCAUAAGGAACUUGCUGGGGGUUUUGUUUUGUUUUGUUUUGUUUGUUGUUUGUUUGUUUGUUUUCCUUUUAGUACUUUGAGGAAACAUUACAGAAAAAAGUUUGAGCUACAUUUCAGGAAUAUACCAGCUGUAGACCAGAAUAAUGCUCUCCUCCUGCAUCUGGUGUUGUUCUGGAAUAGCUUUCACAUGAUUUUAUGUAAGCAGGACAUAAUUUGUUUGCUUGUUUGCCCAAUGAUAACUGGUCGAGUGAGGCCAGACAGAAAAUCUGCUGAGUAGUUAUCUGGUCUCCAGCAGGUAGCCAAAAGCAGAUUGCAAUGGAAGAAUGCAGAAAUAAAGCAAAUAGUUGUGAUCUCUUCCCCCACAGCUCUCUCAGUUUCACUUAAGUAAUACUCUAAUGAGAUUUCAGAAUAACUUAGGAAAAAAAAACAAACCAAACCUAACAAACAAAAAAAUCAAACACAUAUACACUCACAAAAACAAAACAAAACAAAAACCCACAUCACUUUUAUGGUUGUUCUUUGGAGGGAAAAGCAUGGAAGAAAGUUGGUUUUGUUUCAGGAGAUGGCACUAAAUGUAGCAGGGCUUUAGGAAAGGUGUGGGCAGUUCUACCUACAAAGCAGCCAUGCCCUGGGCAUGAUCUGUGUCUGCAAAGGUUUCUGUUUGAGUAGACUACGUUGCCUCUUUAAAGAAAAAAAAAAAACACAACUUUUUUUUUUUUAAUUAAACCCCCUGAGGCUAAAUGUGGCUUGUUGAAGUCACUAUGGGAUUGUAAUCCAGAAACACAGAACUAAUUUCCAUGUUUUACUUUUAAAUUAGUUUUUUUUUUUCUUGUUAACUAAAAUUGAAAUGUUUCAAUUAUGAAUAAUGCCAGGAAGAACUAGCACACUUGAGUGGGUUUAAUGAAUUGCGUGUGUUCUUGCUGCUUUGUGAACGUGUGCGUGGUGGUGGGGUUUCUGAGACCUGUCACUUAAUAUAUACUGAAAUGCAUGUUUUAUUUAUGAUGUAUUCAUUUUAACUAUCCCAGCUUUUUUUCAUUUUAUGAGUAGGGUUUCUGUAGAGCCCUAAGAUCAUUUUAAUAUGUUCAGAAGAAAUUUCCACAGACACUGAACUGCAGAGUUUUAUGUCUCAUGAAAGUGUAAGAGUAGCAUGUUUCUUGUCUACUUUUAUUAGCCUUAAGAAGGCACAGGAUUUUUCUGUCAUCAGAAAAUACUAAAGGGCAGUUUAUUCCUUCCUCUGAGUAGAUAGUUAGUCUGCAUUUACAGUCCUUGGUACUAUAUGUUGAUUUUAACCAAUAUUAGCCAAUAUUGAAUAUGAACAAAGAGACAGCAAUGUAAGUGCUCUGCUAAAACUUGCAAGCAGUUACUGACAGUAAAACUGUACCUUUUAUUUGACAAUAAUCUGAAGGGUAAAAUUGCAAUUCAGAACAUCUUACUGGUGUCUCUUGUUUUUAAGGAAGCAAAUUUUUCUUAGGAGAUUUGAACUUGCUUUGGUGUUUUUUAUAUGUUGUCUGCAUUUGAACAGUUUGUCUCUUUUGCCAUAUCUUUUUGUUCUAUGAGCUGUUCUUUAUAUUCUGUAAGAAAUUGCUUACUGAAAAGCUGUAUUUUAAGCCUUUAAUUUAAUGUUCCAGAGGAAUAUAGGAGUAUUUUUUACUAAAAGCCCAGGUUUACAGUAACUUGUGAGCACACAGAAGAACUGCUUUUCUAGCUAACAUAAUUGAUCAUAAUAGUGCAAAGGCAGUGAGUGCAGCAAACAAAAUUAAUGUGAUAAGGUUAUUACUUCAUUAGAGAAACUGGAAAAUAUAAUUCAUGCUCAUUAAGUGUGGAAACAAAAAAAAAAAUUUAUUUUCAUGGAAGUGACAGCCUAUUUAAAAAAAAUCAUGGCAGACAACAGUAUUGCUUAAAUUAGUUACUGUUGAUCUUCUAAAAAAUGACACAGAGCUGCUUUAUAAACUGAAGUAUAAUUGUCAGUGUGAGAUUCUCCAAAGCCAAAGACAAGUAGCAUGUGUGUGUAUAUGUAUCUAUACACACAGAGUUUUCUUCUAUAUUAAGUAUAGUUCGUGAAUCUUCAGCUUUCACCUUAAGGAACUGCAGUACAAAGUAAAGACUUUGGUGUCUUUUCUGGGAUUUCUCUAAUUUCCCAAUUUCAAAAAUUAUGGGAGCCAAAGCAAACAAACAAAAAAAAAUAGAAUUUUUGCUUUUGGAGGUGUUUUUUUGUUUUCUAAGAGCUCAACUGGUAAGCCAAGCUUCUCUAGGGACGCAUUUUCCACUUGUCUUUGGAGGAGACAACUGAGCAGAUGAAGCUUCAUGCCUUUUAGAGAUGUGUGCACCAGCACAUGGGUGAGCUGAUUUGAGGUGAGCUUCAGUGUGGGGUGAGGGGUUUGUAGCAAGAGGCAAGGGCUGCAGGGCCAGCCCAGGGUUAAUCCUCUCUUCCACUUUUGCAGCAUCACCACUCAGUGGCAGACAGCUCUUACAAGCAACACAGGUGUAUCAGUUCAUUGGUGUUGUAUAACUUAAACAACUCACUGACUAUGCAUCUCUGAGUUAUAUGAGUAUUCACAUUGACUUCGAUGCUACUUAUGCUAGAAAAAACCAAAGCAUUUGAAAUUAUCAUAUUUCAAUAAAUUCGGCUGAUUUUAGGCUAACACAGUGAUUUUUAAAAUUUUAUUAUUUUUUAUUUUAUUUUAUUUUAUUUAGGUAGAGUCUGGUAGGAUGUUUUGCUACGUUUUCUUUAAAUACACACACAUGAGGAGGGGGUGGAAUGAAAAGGUGUUUAUGAUGCUGAGAACCAAAACUGUGUAAGGCUUGGAAGUGGCUAUGAAAGUUAUUUGCAGUGAACUUUGUCACUAGGGGGCACUUAGUCACACAAAAUUAGCUGUGUUAGGGUUGAGGUUUUUCUUUUGCAAAAGCUUCUUUCUUUAAAAUAUCUUCUAAAAAUAUUGUUGAUUUUUUUUUUUUAAUUUAUUCAAGAGUAUCCAUGUAUGGCCAUAAAUAUCUGCAAACACAGAAGAGUUUCAGGGUAAUGAUCUGCAGUGAAACAUUUCCUCUGGGACAGGGGAUAAAGGAGUCUGAAGAAAAAUUGCAACAACAGGAUUUCACGUUCCCACCUCCAGGGACGCCGAGGAGAGCAGCAUGGAGCAGGAUUGCCCCUCCUGGCCUCGGUAAGCACGAGAUGGCUGUCUCGGGUGUCAAACACUGGCAGGGAAAAGCUGACCCUUUCAGUGUGGUGGCUGCUUCCCUGGCGAGCCAACUGUCCGACCAGCAGAAGAUGAGUGAGUCACCUCUCAGCCAGUUCAGAGGAGUGUAUUUACCUCCUGAGCUGCGCCCUUUAAACAAGUCGUUAGUCAAGGGUGGCGAGUGGAAGGACGUGGAGAACACCCAGGAAAAGCGCAGGUCGUUCCUGCAUGACUUCUGUAAGAAAUACAACAGCAGAAAGAAGCUGCGAACCCACCUCGUGCACCUCGUGUCAAGAAUUUACGUGGAGGACAGGCACAAGGUCCUGUACUGCGAAGUACCCAAAGCAGGCUGCUCCAAUUGGAAAAGGGUCCUCAUGGUUCUCAAUGGACUCGCUGCUUCAGCGCACAACAUUUCCCAUGACGAUGUGCACUAUGGAAAGCAUCUAAGGAAACUGGACAGUUAUGACCUAAAAGGGAUAUACACACGCUUGGACACAUACACCAAGAUUAUAUUUGUACGUGAUCCCAUGGAAAGACUGGUAUCUGCCUUCAGGGAUAAGUUUGAACAUCCAAACAGCUAUUACCAUCCAGUGUUUGGGAAGGCAAUAAUUAAGAAGUAUAGACCCAAUGCAAAUGAAGAGGCACUGAAAACAGGAUCAGGGGUUAAGUUCAAGGAGUUUAUCCAAUAUUUGUUAGAUUCCCACCGCCCAGUAGGAAUGGACAUUCACUGGGAGCAAGUCAGUAAGCUCUGCUAUCCCUGCCUCCUCAACUAUGAUUUUAUAGGAAAGUUUGAAACCCUGGAAGAAGAUGCUAAUUACUUUUUGCGGCUGGUAGGUGCUCCAGCUGAGCUGAAGUUUCCUAAAUUCAAAGACAGACAUUCCUCUGAUGAGAGGACAAGUGCAGAAGUAGUGAGGCAAUACUUAAAGGAAUUGUCUGAGGAGGAGAGACAGUUGACCUAUGACUUCUAUUACUUGGAUUAUUUAAUGUUCAAUUAUACCUCACCAACUGUAUAGCACCAGAAUAGCUUCAAGCUUCUAUUAGAUAUUUAUGAUUUUGGAAUUCAAAACAACUACUUUGAUAUUAGCCCUGAAAGGAAACAAAGUUACUGUUAAGUGGAGUUUUCCUGACUUAGAGCGUUAUUUUAUAAGCUAGAGUGACAUCAAUUGACAUUAAAUUAUAGGAGAAUGCACCAAAAAAAAAAAAAAAAAAGUCCUGUAAACAGCAUAAAUUGCACUAAAAUGCCUGAAAAAGCUGCUUUUACCAUUAUGGAUUAUACUGUGGAAGUGGUAGCACAGCCAGCUGUUGCAUUAGCUUACCUAAUGUUCUUUUAAUGGUUUAAGAAAAAAGCGUUCAGAGUAGCAUGAUUCUUUUUUCUGUGUGUCUGCUUUAGAAAUUGUUUUCAAAACUAUUUUUGAAUGUAUUUUUUACUUUCUGUCACUUUUUAUUAAUAAAGAAGCAUUGGUUAAUUUUCUAAAA